GUGUCCUUCUUUGGAGAUAUUCAGAACCUGCCUGGAUGUGAUCCUAUGUAACAUGAGGUGACCCUGGGUGACCCUGCUUGAGCAGGGGUUCGGACCAGAGCAUCCCUGGAGAUCCCUGCAAUUCUGUGGCAAUUCUGUGAUUCCCGAGUGAAACAUCCCUAUCGUGUCGGUGCCACAUCAACAGAAUUCAACACCAAUCACCAGUGUUUAAUAUGUGGUUAAUAUGACGGAUUUAUGACCACGAAAAGUUAAAACCUGUCCCCUCAGCCAGCAGCGGCGCCACCCGCCGUGCGGCGGCGCUCCUAAAACCCUCAUUUCUCCUCAUAUUUCCUUCCCUGGUCCUCCGAGCCGCCAGAGGACGCCGGUAGGGCCGGGAACACCCCUUUUAAUCCUACUCCUGCUCCCAGCUCGGGGCACCAGAGCCCUAUGGAGCGGACGGGCGGCAGCCGUGUGGUGCUGUGCCUGCUGUGCGGGCUGCCGGCCGCCGGCAAAUCCACGCUGAGCCGAGCCCUGAGCCGCCUCCUGCCGCCCCACCAGGGCUGGGACUGCUCCGUGCUGGUUUACGACGAGCUGAUCCCGCAGGAGGCCCCCGGCCCGCCGGAGCCCGGCUGGAAAGGGCGGCGGAGGGAGGUGCUGAGGCAGCUGGAGCGCCUCCUCAGGGGCCCGCCCGGCCCCGCCGCCCAGCGGGGGCUGCCGGAGCCGGGAGCCGCCCCCCGGCCGCUCUGCAUCGUCCUGGAUGACAAUUUCUACUACCGGAGCAUGAGAUAUGAGGUGUACCAGCUGGCUCGCAAGUAUUCCCUGAGCUUCUGCCAGUUAUUUCUGGAGGGCCCGCUGGAGCAGUGCUUGCGGAGGAAUCGCCUGAGGAGCCACCCGCUCCCUGACGAGACGAUUCGGCUGAUGGCGACGAGAAUCGAACCGCCAGACCCCAGGAAAAACGCCUGGGAGCAGAACAGCCUGGUCCUGAAAAGCUCUGAAUGCCCCUCAGAGGACGAGUACGAUGCAGUAUUGAUGAAGGACUGUUAUGCGCAGAUAAUUAAUUUGCUGGCCACUGCUUUGGAAAAUCCAGUGAAGCAAAAUGAGGAAAAUACUGAGCAGAAGGAAGCAGAUCGAGUGGCCUGUGCUGCUAGUACUGUCCAUCAAGCUGAUCAGACGUGCCGACGAGUCAUCUCUCAAACAAUGAAGGAGGCAAAAGAUAAAAAUGUACUUCCAAGUGAGAUGAAGAGCCUGGCAGAAGAACUCAACAAACUCAAAGCAGCGUUUUUGGAAGAUUUGCGGCAAGAAACUCAUCUGAAAAAUGAAACUGGCCAACAAAAUCACUCUUUUGACCCUGCAACAAGUGUAUUUUCUUCAUUCCAACGUGAGGCAACCAGUGUAGUUAAUAAAUAUAUUUUAAAAUAAUGACAGAGUAUAUUUUAAAAAAAUGACAGUGAUGGAUUGCUUUUAAGAAUAAAAAGCAUUAAAAAGAGUACUGUUUCAGCAGUACUGCUAAAAAUAUCGGAGAGCUCAAGCCUCCAGAGAAGGAAGCUGUCUAUAACUCUUGCCCCCAUGUUACAGAACAGAAACACAAGCUAGCACACGGUGUUUGACUUCACAUGGCAAGCCAACAAGAAGCCAUCCGCAGGUUUUAAAUUUCACAGAAUCACAAAAAGUUUAGCCUGGGAGGAACACCAAGAAGUCAUCAAGUCCAGCUUCCCUCAAAGAGGACCAACUUCAAGCUGGAUCAGCUUUCUCACAGCAUCAUCCAGUUGUGGUUUUGAAGAGCAGCUUGGAUGGAGACCUGCUGAGCUCUUUCAAAACAUGCAGCUGAGUGUUCCUACAGCUCUUUUGUGCCUGGGAAGGUAUGAAAGCAAGUGAGGUGAAGUUUAGCGUUUUAAGCAUGAGGUGGGUUGACAGUGAACUGUAGUUCCAACGUCAGCAUGUAGACACCUAAGCUCCACUGAAGUACUGCUUCAGUUUCUCAAGUCCAAUUUUUAGAUCAGGUUCUCAUGCUCUCUACUUGUUUCCCUCACAGCAACUCUACAAAGAACAAAAGAUUUCAGAUGCAUUAAACUGAGAUUAUGGGAACUGUGUGCACGCAUGUGGAAAUAACUUGGAUGUUCAAGGGAACUUGAAAUUUGGUGCUGCCUUCAAAGAUGUAAAGAAUAACAUAUAAAUUCCAUGCACAGUGACAACUACCUUACUGUGAUGGAAAUUGUGCUUUCAGACAUGCAAGCACUGUUGCUAAUAAGGAAAUCAGAAUAUCAGGAAACAAAGCACUUGGAAGAUGAACAAACAUGAAAGAUGAACAGUGGAAAAGAGUAACAAGAAUGCCCUGGUUCAGUUCUAAAAUCAAGUAUCUUCAAUUAAUAAGACAAACAUCAAUGUACUGUUCCUUGCUUACUCAAAAGCUAACUGCCAUACCUUAGAUGCCCAGUGUCACACACAACCAGUUCACCAGUUCCAGCUGUUGGGAAAAAUUACUAUAAUAUAAUCACCAAUUUAAUUAGAAAGUGUUAUUUUAUUCUUAUCUUACAAAAGCAAAGCUCCACAACAUGAACUGCACUAGAUAUAGUCAAGUUAUUUCAGAAUUAACCUUGUCUUCUGAAAACAUUCACUACACAAUAAAAUUGUAAAAUACAACUCUAACAGGUUUCGGUUUUGCAUACAAAAUAUGCUCUUUACAUUGAAAUACAUAUUAUUAACAAAGCAGGUACUCAGAAGCACAUACACAAAGAUUGCUCAAUGAAAAAUGCUUCAGCAGGGGAUAGAUUUUCCUGCAGCAGAACAUCCAUUUGCUGUAGAUUCUCAAAGAAGCUUAAAAUUAAUAGAAAACUUGCCAGUGAAGACUUCUAAAUUACAUUCCCUUCGUCAAAAAGAAACAAAAAGCAAACAAGCAAAACCCCAAAACAUUCUGUAACAGAAAACAUAGCAAGAGAUCAUUUUGCUAGGAAACAAUGUUGGAACACAUCUUUGAAGUUUUAUGUAAAAAUGCCAAUCAACAUUUUAAGUCAAAAUUAACUUUAUCUAAACAUUGCAUCUGUGAAAAAAAAACAAACUAUUAUUAUUCCCUAUUAGCUGCUUCACAGUUGGUAAGAGUAUUAACUGAGGUUUAAGAGUAUUAACUGAGAUAACCUACCAAGAUAUUCAAUCUAACAUUUGCGUGCUCAUUGGAAUAUUCCUUCUCAAAAUACAAAAUCUGUAUUACGAGUGCUAUAAAUAGUGCAUGUUAAAAAUGUCAACAAAUCUAUAAAACAAUCUAUUACAAUAAAAACAAAAAACUCACAAAGUUAAUGUUUUGCAGCUACGGAAUUUAACAGAGUCAAACUAUAGAAAAAAAUUAACUCAUUCCCAAACUUCCCUGUUAAUACAAGAUGCUAAUCACCACCUUAAAAGAUAAGGAUUAUUCAUUUAUUUUGUUUAAGUUAAUGCAGUGUAGCACAGAGAACUCAAUAUGGAAAGUCCUGCUGAGGACUUGCUCCUACAGAUCCUGACAUUGACUCUGAAUGAAUAAGGCCUACCUGUGCAUGGGAAUUGUCAGGAUCAUAAUGCUCUAAAACAAUUUUCCAGUACUAACUCUGCACUUUAAAUUAUAGUAAGUAGUAUGUACAGCAUUACAAAAAACUAAUAUGAAAAUACUUUCCAAACCUACUCGGUAGUUGGAAGGAAAUAGGUGUAGUUUGGCACAACUGAACGCACAGUAUUAGGCUGAAAAACUAGGAAUCCUAGUCCAGAAGCUGACUGUGAAGGACUAAGCAGGUAACAGGGAUCCACCCCACAGAUCUGGUGGAGGAUCAAGCAGUGAACACUAAAGCCUGCUGCUGCUGCCUACAAACCACCCCCACACAAAGCGGAGCUUGCACACAGAAGGGAGGAAAAAUGUUUUUGUAAUUGUUCAUUUUCAGAUGUUCAAGAUAGUUUUUUUGGGGAAAUCCAAAGUAGAAACUGAUAUUAAGUCAGCAGUAUUAAAAAACUGCUACAGAAUAGUUUGCAAGGUUUGGGGCCUUUUUUUUUUUUUCAUGAGUUCUAUUAUGAAGAAAAUAUGUUCCCCCU